AUGAAGGAUAAUACUCAUCGUAUGGAUGAAAAAUUAGAUCGUAUCAAUGACAAGAUUGAUCAAACAGCUCUCGAUACAGAACUAAAUCAUGAAACACUGAUAAAAUUAAUGCCUACACUCAUAUCGAUAGUUGGUAAUUUUAUUUGGCCGGUGACGAAUCACAAUGUUGCCGGAUUAAGAGAAAAACAACUGCAAUUACAAAAAGUCUUCAAUGAUUUGGAAGUACUACUAUCUCAUCUAAAAUCGUAUUAUACAGCUCGACGAAAACGCAGUACAUCUCCACCACCACGACUCGCUCCAUCUCAACAAUCGUCAAAAGCGUCUAACAAUACUCCGAACAAUGAAUCUGAUCAGUUUUGA